CUCAAUCGUUCAGGGUAGAAAGAGCAGUCAGUCACUCGGACCUACCUGACGAGACCGUGUAGACAGUUAAUUUUCUCUUAAUAGCCAAAUUAAGAAAAUCACAAUUUUACUUUAAAACCAAUCAUUGCAUUUCGAAAUUUUACUCAACCUUAAGUACAGUGUUCAGAUUCAUAUCGUGUAAACACAAAUAAUUAUUCAUCAAGCCGAAGAAAUGGAUCCCGUGAAUCUUGCGCUAACAAAUCAACUCAUUUUCGACAAAAUUCGAACCUUCAUCCCCAAAUCAGGCCCAACUUUACGGCUCGUUUGCAAAACCUGGAAUGAUCAAAUUCUUUCUGAUCCCCGUCGGAAACUGGUCCUACAUUUGCAUCGCCACUCAUUCCGAGAUGCCGACCUCUGCUGUGACCCUUUGACCUUUGAACGCUUUGGAAUGUCGAUGGAGCCUCGACUCGCGACCCACGUCCGGUUCUGGACCAAGCACUGCUGCGUUCAUUUCAAUUCCGGCCAAAGAGAAAGAGAUCAGCACUACAAAUCCUUAAUGACCCGAUUUUACCACCUUUGCGAAAAAUUUGGCGAGAUUAUCGAAACUGUUGAGAUUCUCGUGAGGUCAUCGAUGUUGCAAAUCUUGUACGAAUUACUGACCAGGUUUUGUCCCAAUUUGAGAUAUUUGCGUAUCCGGGAGUGGUGUGUGGAUCUUUCUGAGCGGAAGGAGGGGGAGGCAGCCUUGGAGUGGGGGCGACUUCCGGUACGACCUGAUUUGGUGGGGCUACACAUCGGGACAAAUAAAGAGGCAGAUGAGGGUGCAGUGAGAUUGAGAGAGUUUACGCAAAUGUUGGUCAAUUCUGCCCCUGCGCUAAAAAUGGUGAACCUUCCGAAGCAUCCCGACUUUAAAGAUUUGAAGAUUAAAGGAAAUGUGGAGAUUACCAGGAAUAUGCAUACGCCGUUGUUUGGACACAUUGAAAAAUUAUAUUAAGACAUGCGCAUAGUUACAUACACAUAAGAUUGGCACUAAUUGGCAGUAUGUACCGUACACACGGAACAAAUUUGGAUACAAUUGAAUCAACAACGAAGGUUUGUCAGUUGUCGAAAUUUUACUCAAAAAUAUUUGUACUUGGGAUUAGCAUAAAUAUUUUUUAAUUAACC